AUGGAUGGGGGCUUUCUACGUAUGCAGUGGGGUUCGUUCAGAGGAGAAACAUACCGCUGGCUUUUGAAAAACACACCAGGAUACUUUGGAUGGUUGAUAAACAAACUGAAGCAGGAUAAGCUAUCCCCUUCCGACCAUCUGUUCCUGUUCAAAAUGACAUUGAUCAAAUAUGCCAGCAUGUUCCCAGAAGGAAAUGAAAUUGUUGCCAUUAAAGAAAAGAAGAAAAAAACAACAGACAGUUCCAGUAAGAAGCAGCAGAUGACUACUGUAGUAGGAGCUGAGCUUGGUUUUCGGUCAAAUGACAAUAUGUUGGCGUUGAAAUUCAAAAACAAGCAUGACGUAAGCAUGUUGACAACUAUACAGGAUGCCAACAUGAGUGUGUGGAAAAGGAAGCAUGGCACUGACAUCCAUGUCCAAAAGCCAACCUGCAUCAUUGACUAUUGUCGGUACAUGGAAGGUGUAGACCAUCUGGAUCAGUUUGGGCAAUAUAGCACCAUUGCCAGGAAAACAAAGAAGUGGUGGAGGAAGCUGUUCUACCACAUAAUGAACAUUUGUAUAGUGAAUUCGUACAGGUUGUACGAGAAGUACACGACAAACAGAUCAAAGAAAAACCACGAGGGUUUCCAUAAGUCUGUUGUUGAAACACUCAUCAUCGAAGGCAGUGGACCACGUGGCCAAACUGAAAAGACCUAUUCUUGGGAAAAGCCUGCUAGACUGACAGCAAGGCACUUCCCUGCAUUCAUCCCUGCGAAGCAAGGGGCUAAACAUGCCAAGCCAUGCCAAGACUGUGUCGCCUGCAACGUCAAACCGGAAAAUCGGGAAGGAAGCAAGAGAAAACAGAUUGCAUACUUGUGUCCUGACUAA